AUGCACAAUAAGAGUCUAGACAGAUGGUUGCACGCUAAGUACAGGUCUGAUCAGUCCAAUAAAAAUGUCAAACUGGAUUGGCCUACUAGAUUAUCAAUAGCAAUCGGAGCAGCCAAAGGACUUUGCUACAUGCAUAAUGAUUGUAAACCUCCAGUUGUGCACAGAGAUGUGAAAUCCAGCAACAUUCUUCUUGAUGAUGAGUUCAAGCCGAAGAUAGCGGAUUUCGGGCUUGCGAGGAUGCUGGUGAAUGCUGGUGAGCCAGAGUCAGUAUCAACUAUGGCUGGUACCUUCGGAUACAUGGCGCCAGAGUGUGGUUAUACUAGGAAGGUGAAUGAGAAGGUUGAUGUGUAUAGUUUUGGAGUGGUGCUACUGGAGCUCACAACCGGAAGGGAGGCUCGUGAUGGUGGUGAUGAGGGUUCGCUGGCAGACUGGGCAUGGCAGCACUUUCAGGACGGCAAGCAAUUGAUCUAUGGCAUAAUAGAUGAUGAGAUUAAAAACCCUGCAUAUAUGCAAGAGAUAGACACAGUCUUCAUACUAGGCAUACUGUGCACGGGAAAAACGCCUUCAAUGAGACCAACCAUGAAGCAGGUGUUGCAAGUUUUGGAACUGGCCCGGUUUAGGCCCAUUUCUAGAGUUGGGCCGGGUCGAGAUUUCGUCUUGUACAACCAAACCUAA